AUGGCUGCCUUGAAUGGCAACCUUUCUGAUCAGCUUUCCUAUACAAACAUACAAAAUUGUGUCGACGUAAAACCAUUUACUCCUUUACCUCCAUACAAACGAAUGGCACAACGACGGAAAGUGCCAGAAGGUGAAUUGUGUGCUGUGUGCUCCGAUUUAGCUACCGGCUAUCACUACGGUGUAGCAAGUUGUAAUGGUUGCAAGACAUUCUUCCGAAGGACGAUUGUUAGCGAGCAGACGUUCAUCUGUCAGUACAAUGGAAACUGUGAUGUGCACAAGAAUAUACGAUGUGCUUGUCGUCAUUGCCGCUUCAACAAGUGUUUGGCGGUUGGAAUGGAUGCAAAAGCGAUACAGAACGAUCGGGACCGGAUAGGUCCGACAAAAAAAGCGAAAUUGAGUAGUGGAUCGGAUGAGGAUCAAACUGUUACACCUCAUCGAAUGCAAGAUCAGGAGAUUGUGGAACAUUUGACGCAGGUGGAAGGACUGUGUCAGGAAUUACGGCGAUGUGUAAUGAAUGAGGUCUCGACAGUUCAACAAGCCCUCUCAUCUCCUUGUCUACUUUUUGAGACACCAGACCUCAUGAUCGAUCCAAGUACGGUAUUCAAAGAGUUGUAUCCCGCGUCUAUGAAUGAUAUUCGUAUGUGGAAUAUUCGUGAGAUGAGGAUCUGCAUCGAAUGGGGCAAAACGUUUGAGGCUUACCAACGACUUUCUCAUUUCGAUCAAUUUGCAUUGGUACGUAAUUUUGCCUUCGCUUUCAAUUUACUCAAUCGUGUUUUUUACUCGCCAGACCAUGGGCCCGAUAAAAUUGUGUUUCAAAAUGGAGCAUUUAUCAUGCGACAACCACAACAACAGGUACAAUUAUCCGGGUGUCGUCCAAUUUAUACUCGACAAAUGGAUGAAAUUAUGCUACCAUUUCGUCGGCUUCAGUUAUCUGUUUCCGAAUUUGCUACAUUUAAAGCGGCUCUCUUCUUCAAUCCCGAUGCACUUGACUUAUCUAGUCAAGCAAAACCUGAUGUCUACGAGGAGCGAAACAAAUACCUUAGCGCCCUUUUCACAUGUAUAACUAAUAAACUUGGUGUGGCAGCUGGUGUUCAAAAAUAUGGUAGUCUCUUAAUGAUGACAGCUAGUAUACAGAAUAUCCUCGCUCAAAACGAGGAAAAUAUGCAAGUGAUGGAGUUAUUCAAGAACUGGGAAGUGGAUCCUUUUGUAAAAGAGUUGUGUAUGAAACGGGCCUGA